AAAAAUGAAAUAUACAAUUUUAUUUUUAUUUGUAUUAUAUUUUUCAUUUGUAAAUUCAAAUGAAUAUUAUAGUAAUGUUUAUUAUUCACCUUUAAACCAUAGUCUUGUAUUUUAUAUGAAUGAAAUUGUAAAUAUAAAUAUUUCAUCACAACCCAGAGGAACAAAUUUUGGUAAUGCAAAAAUGAAUCAAAGUGUUUUUAUAAAUGAGGAUUAUUAUAGUUUUAAUAUUUCAAAUUUGGUUUUACCAUAUGAUACUAGUAAACCAUAUAGAAUUUCUACAGUUGAUGCAGUUGGAUUGGGCUAUGUUAACUAUUUUAAUUUUGGGGAACUUAGAUUUUGUACUUAUCAACUCAAUAGAAGAGCAGAUGUAUAUCAAGGUUGUAUUAUAGGUAAUAUCUCGGCAUCAAACUCACAGUCAGGAGGUUUGGAUACUAUCAAAUAUGAAGUUGGAGAUCGUAAUGUAUUCAAAAUAAACUAUAAAGCAACAGAAUUAGCUUAUGGAUGUAUUCGUAAUACAUGGUAUAUUUUAAAAUGUAAUCCGGAUAUCCACAUGCAUAUACAAAGAAUGGAUGUAAAAGCUUGUGACUAUACUGUUUACAUCGAAUCCAAAUAUGCAUGUGCCUCAAACACUUUACUUUCAUACUAUUAUGUAGAUAAUAAACUUUUCCUUCCAUUGACCGGUUUUGGAUAUGAAGCUAUUGAACUCUACUUUAACAACACUCCAAUUGUUUUAGAUUUAAAAACACUGCCAGUUU